AUGACUCGCUGGCUGGCACUUGCUGAUAUUUUGCUGGAGAAACUCCAUCAGAGUAAUUCCAGCGAGGCACGGUUCGACUGCACGGAUACAGAGGGAGUGGGAGGCGCGAUUGACCCUUUCUUCCAACUUGUGAAGUUACGGAAACUUGGACUUAGUGAUAAUGAAAUCCAGCGGCUCCCCCCAGAAAUAGCGAAUUUCAUGCAGCUGGUGGAGCUUGAUUUGUCUCGAAAUGAUAUUCCUGAAAUACCAGAAAGCAUCUCAUUCUGCAGAGCACUACAGGUAGCAGAUUUCAGUGGGAAUCCACUGACUAGGUUGCCUGAAAGCUUUCCUGAGUUACAGAAUCUAACGUGUCUUUCAGUAAAUGACAUCUCUCUGCAAGCACUACCUGAAAACAUUGGGAAUCUUUAUAACCUGGCUUCACUGGAACUUAGAGAAAAUUUGCUGACAUAUUUACCUGAAUCACUUGCCCAGCUGCAGCGACUAGAAGAACUUGAUUUAGGAAACAAUGAACUGUAUCACUUGCCAGAAACAAUUGGUGCACUUUUCAAUCUUAAAGACCUCUGGUUGGAUGGAAACCAAUUAUCUGAAAUACCUCAGGAAGUAGGAAACCUGAAAAACCUGCUUUGUCUGGAUGUUUCUGAAAAUAAAUUGGAAUGCCUUCCUGAAGAAAUUAGUGGUCUGACUUCGUUAACAGAUUUGCUCGUUUCUCAGAAUUUACUUCAGGUCUUACCUGAUGGCAUUGGAAAAUUGAGGAGGCUCUCUAUUUUGAAGGUUGAUCAGAACAAACUUAUUCAGCUAACAGAUUCAAUUGGAGACUGCGAAAGCCUUACUGAACUAGUUCUAACAGAAAACCAACUGCAGUCAUUGCCGAAGAGCAUCGGAAAACUAAAGAAGCUGAACAAUUUGAAUGCCGAUAGAAACAAAUUAACAUCUUUGCCCAAAGAGAUCGGGGGAUGCUGCAGUCUUAAUGUCUUUUCUGUGCGUGACAACAGAUUAUCUCGAAUUCCCUCUGAAAUUUCACAAGCCACUGAACUUCAUGUCCUGGAUGUUGCUGGAAACAGGCUGACGUAUCUUCCCAUCUCACUGACUACAUUAAAGCUGAAGGCUUUGUGGUUGUCUGAUAACCAGUCCCAACCUUUGCUGACGUUUCAGACUGACACAGAUCCUGAAACAGGAGAAAAGAUUUUAACAUGUGUAUUACUUCCUCAAAUGCCUUCUGAGCCUGGUUGCCAAGAUAACCUACCACGAUGUGGUGCUCUGGAGAGUUUGGUAAAUGAAAUGUCAGAUGAAACAUGGAAUGAGCGGGCAGUGAAUAGAGUCAGUGCAAUUCGCUUCUUAGAAGAUGAAAAAGAUGAAGAGGAUAAUGAAAUGAGAACACUUCUAAGGCGAGCCACUCCACACCCUGGAGAAUUAAAGAACAUGAAAAAGACAGUGGAGAAUUUACGGAAUGAUAUGAAUGCUGCUAAAGGACUGGAUUCAAACAAAAACGAGGUCAAUAAUGCCAUUGACAGAGUGACCACUUCUGUGUAGAGUUUCAUCUCCAGGUUUUACCUCCUGUGUCUUCCCCUGCUGUUGAAAUGUUCCUGUCAUCUUCUGGGACCUCACUGAGCCCCUUUUUGUUUUUAACCAGAACCUGAUUCAUCAUCUCCAUAUAUGUGAAAAGUGCUGCCCACUGGAAGGAAGUGCCUUAUUUCAUCCAGGCAG